CGCCAAACUCACCGGAAAUUUCGACGGAGAUGCUGCAUUCCGAUGACCCAACGCUGGCUGAGGCUCUCAAACAAAUUGUGCAGAUUGAACUGUGAAGGACGGCUAUUUAUUUCACAAGUGCUAAAUCUGGUGAGGAAAUUAGUUAAUUGUGCUUGAGCUGAGUGCAGGCAUGGGUGGAAGCAAGUUGCUGGCUGAUAAAUCUCAUAGAGAUGGUUCUCCAAGUUACAGAAGUCGUAAUGAUAUUAAGAAAUGUAUCGAUCAUGGGAUAGUUUAUGCAGAGGACAAACGAAUAGCCAGUGAUCCGAGGAAAAAUUCUUCAUCCAAGAAAUCAGGUGGAACACCAAUGAAGAUGCUCAUGGCUCAAGAGAUGUCUAAAGAAACCGAGUCUAGAAGGAAGCAAACCAAUGUCGUUGCUAGGUUAAUGGGUCUCGAUGAAGCUCUGCCUGCUCAUCAAUCAGUUGUAAAUGGUCGUUCUUCGCGUGUUACCUUAGCUGGAGCUCUCCAAAACUCCCGAAAGCUCGAAGAUUUCUAUUUCGACAAUGAGAAGCAAUAUCGAGAUAUAUAUGAAGUGAGAAAUUUUGAUAUUCAGAACGAGAGGAGGAUGGCCCUUGUUCGUCAGAAAUUCAUGGAAGCAAAGAGACUGGCCACGGAUGAAAGGCUUUUGCAGUCCAAGGAAUUCCAAGAUGCCCUGGAAGUUUUAAGUUCAAAUAGAGAUUUAUUCCUCAAAUUUCUGGAGGAGCCAAAUUCCCUUUUCUCAAAGCAUUUGAAAGAGCUCUCGACUCCUGCAGUACCUCAAACAAAGAGAAUCACAAUAUUGAAACCAUCAAGAACAGUAGAGAUGAGAGGUGAGCACUAUCCAUUGACUAGUGGUGGGUGGGAUAAUAACAAGCCUCAACGAAGCUCUACCAUGAAUCAACCAACAAGGAUAGUAGUCCUAAAGCCAAGCCCUAGAAAACGUGAUGACACAAAAUCGAUGAUUAUGCCCUAUGAAGUGGAGGAGGAUGAUCUUGCCCAAGCCUUUACGACUACUGAAUCCAUAAGAUCUAAAGACAUAGCGGAGGAUAUAACUCAGCAGAUGAGGGAGAGUUUUAGUAGUAAUCGAAGAGACGACUCAUUAUUAUCUUCAGUCUUAUCAAAUGGCUAUGUUGGAGAUGAGAGCUCAUUUAAUCGAUCAGAAAAUGAUUUCGGAGGCGACGAAGAUAGAAGUUUCAGCGAUUUAGAGAUUCCUACUUCAUUAUCGCGACAUUCGUGGGACUGUUCCAAUAGAUAUGGUAGUCCUUCAUCAUUUUCAUCCUUUAGUCGAGCAUCUGGUUCUCCUGAGCCAUCAGUUAUUAGAGAAGCUAAGAAAAGGCUUUCAGAGAGAUGGUCUCUGGUUACUUCGAAUGAAAAAAGUCGAGGGCAAAUGGAAAGAGGAAGGAGCUCUAAUACAUUGGGUGAGAUGCUUUCUAUUCCAGAGGUAAAGAAAGAAGAAGUCACCAUGAAGGGGAUAGAUGUUUCAAGUAGUAGAUCAUUUGGUGGCGAACAAGAAUUGAGAAUGUCAAGUUCUAGUAUGUCCACUUCUCAAACAAAAGAUGGAGAUGACAUUGAGAAAUCACAAUCGCCUUCAAGUUUAUCUAGGUCAAGAUCUCUUCCGGUUUCUUCUGGUUUUAAGAAUGUCCAGUUGAACUCAGAAGAUUGCAACUCACAGGUCAAGAAACCUAUUGUUGUCAAAGAUUCAGCUAAGUCGAAAAGUGGGAAAUCAUCAUCAUUUAAGGGGAAAGUUUCGAGUUUGUUCUUUUCUAGGAAUAAGAAGGGCAGUAGAGAGAAAUCUUUUGAGCCUGCUGUUAAGGAAAAUGUUGAUUUGUUACAUCAACCUGAAGCUUAUCCUCCAUUUAGCACUGACAAAGAACCUAUGAAGGUAUUUUCUCCUGGUCCAGUGAAGGAUCCAUCAAAACAAGGAAAUGUCUCUUUUAGGGAGAUUCUUUCUCUGGAGAAACCGAGCAUAUCAGAAGGUUUAAGCAAUAAUCAAAAUGACCCGAGUUCAUCUAAUAAUAUUACCGAGAGUCAGAACCAACCCAGCCCCACAUCAGUUCUUGAUGCGCCAUUUGAGAAUGAUACAAGCAACACUCCCAGUUCCUGUGAAAUUCACAAUGCUGGACAUUCAUUGGCACCAAUUGCAUCAAUUGCUCGCACUUUGUCAUGGGAUGAUACAAUACUCGAAUCAUCAAUAACUUUGCAUGAGUGCAACGAAGAAGAGCAACAACGGUAUUUAUUUGUUCAGAAUGUACUCUCAAAUUCUGGGUUAGACAAAGAGAACUUGAACUCAGCGUUUGCUAGAUGGCACUCAGUUAACACUCCAUUGGACCCUGUUCUAUUAAACAAGUUCUUGAACAGGAAAGAGGAAGAUGCUAAGAGCAGGGAAAAGAGAUCAAAUCAGAGACUUCUGUUUGAUUGUAUAAAUUUUGCGUUAUUAGAACUUGGUAAGACAGUCUACGUUGGUGCAUAUCCAUGGCCAAAAGCUUUUAGCGUGAGGAAAAGAAAAGCUUGUGCUGCUGCUUCUUCCAUAGGAGAUCAAGUGUGGUUGCUUGUAAGUGAUUGGUUUUCUGGCGAAGGGAAGUUUGAGUUUGGAGAUAUUGAUUACAGCAAUUUAGUCGUGGAUAUAUUGCUGAGAAGAGAGGUAGGAGGAAAUGGAUGGGAAGAAUUGAUUCAGUCCGAGAUCGAAGAAAUCAGCAAGGAUAUUAGUAGCAAGGUUUUGGAUGAGUUAGUUCGAGAAGCUUUGGCAGAGUUAUGAGGUAUUUUUUAUCCUCUAGAUGUUUUCAUCCUUAGUUUCUGUUUGUUGUGAUAAUGGGGGCCAAUAUAGUGUCUGAAUAUUUAUAAUUUCCCUGGUAAUUUUGUGUGUUUUAUGCUUGAUAUGUGAUCAGCGUAUGCAAGAGAAUAUGUAUAUAUGUUUCAGUUUUUGACUGAUAAAAUUUUCCUUGGGCUUCGCUCUUAUACUUGUUGGCUCCAAGAUGUUCUCUUUAAGCUCCAUGUAAAUCUGUAAGUAGAGAGAUCACUGGAACUAAUAAUGUUACUUCAUGUCAAA